CAGCAUUAGAACAAGACGAGAGUAAUGACGGCUGAUCCGUGCUGUGACUGUGACAAAAAAUAUUCGACCAAUGGGAUUUGGGUUCCCACCAAAUACGAAUUCUCUAACAUCCCAUUCGCCUCCUCCUUAUUCUUCUCUUUUCUUUUUGCCACUUGCAGCUCUUGCAGUUACAUUCUCUGGACUGGGUCCUCUUUCGUCCUAUUUAGUCGUGACCCAACCGGAAAACACCCAUCAGAAGCUACGAAAUUCAUCGUCGAUCGUUGUUCUACAGCCGUUGAGCAUUUGGGGGUUCCUGACCUUUCUGGGGUUCGCUUAAUUUCAUCAAGUUCGUCGUUUUCGCCCCUCUUUGGGAGUUCUGUUGCCGAUCAGCAAACCUUCAGUUGUCAUUGUGCAAGAUGUUUUCUCUGAUUGAAUAUAAUACGAGGAUAAAAAAUGGGUCACCAAGCUGAUCUAGUUAUCAUCGGCAUAUCUGUUGGUUUGGCACUUGGUAUUUUGAUUGCUAUCCUGGUAUUUUAUGGUAUAAGAUGGUAUAGAAAGAAUGUGCGCCUUCGUCGAAGUACAAAUGAGCGUAGUCUAGCAGCUAUUCAGAUUCGAACAAAUGGAGUGGAUGCGAGUACUGAAUUCAGUGCAUCUCUUUCUGGUUCCAUAGCUUUUCCGGGAUCUGAAAAGCUCCAUAAAGAUUCUUGGUCCCCUUGGAGGAAUCACCACCACAAAGAUUUUGUAGCUUCUGCAUCCGGUGUUCUUAAGUACCCUUACAAGGAUAUUCAGAAGGCUACAGAGAACUUCACUACUCUUUUGGGACAGGGAUCGUAUGGUCCUGUAUAUAAAGCAAAGAUGCCCAAUGGAGCAGUUCUAGCUGUUAAGGUGCUUGCUUCAGAUUCCAAACAGGGUGAAAAAGAGUUUCAGACAGAGGUUAGUCUACUAGGAAGAUUGCAUCAUCGUAAUCUUGUGAAUUUGAUGGGGUACUGCAUUGAUAAAGGAAGCCACAUGCUAAUCUAUGAGUUCAUGAGUAAUGGAAGUUUAGACAACCUUCUUUACAAUUCAGAAAAUCGGGUCUUGAGUUGGGACGAGCGGCUUCAGAUUGCUCUCGAUAUUUCUCAUGGGGUCGAGUACCUUCACGAAGGGGCUGUUCCUCCUGUCAUACAUCGUGAUUUGAAGUCUGCCAAUAUAUUGUUGGAUCAUACAAUGAGAGCUAAGGUUGCUGAUUUUGGGCUGUCAAAAGAGGAAGUUUUCGAUGGCCGGAAUUCUGGUCUGAAAGGUACAUACGGCUACAUCGACCCGACAUACAUAGCUACGAACAAGUUCACGAUGAAGAGUGACAUCUAUAGUUUCGGCAUAAUCAUUUUUGAACUAAUCACGGCCAUUCAUCCGCACCAAAAUCUAGUGGACUAUAUUAGUCUCGCUGGUAUGAGCCAUGAUGGGAUUGACGAAAUAAUUGACAAGCAACUAGCUGGAGAAUGCAACCUUGAAGAAGCAAGGAGGCUAGCUGAUAUUGGUCAUAGAUGCUUGCACAAAGUACCGAGAAAACGACCUCCAAUUUGUGAUGUUUCGCAGGCGAUAUUAAAGAUAAAGCAGAGGCGACUCGGUAAAGUUAACAUGUCUUUCGCUAGCAUGGAUCUUUCAAGAGCAGUGAGCAGAAUUGAGGAACAACAGGUGGAGUUGAGUAGGAUUGCUAACCUAGCAUGAAUUCAAAUGAUUUUAGAUACUUUUUUUUCGCUUUCCCAAAUCUCGGUCGUUUGUUUUUCCGUUGUCCCCCUCUGGAAGAAGUUGAAAAAACUCAUUGGUAUCAAUUACAAUUAUUUUCACUUUUAACUUCUA